AAAGGCUUUUGCAGAAUGUCAGGAAACAGGCAAUUGAAAAGGGAUAGGAAUUCGGAUUGGUCAAUUAUUUCUAUUCCCUGUUCCUAUUGGCUAAUGUCUAUUUCUAUUGCCUGUAGCCUGGCAUUGUGCAAGGGCCUUAAAACCAGCCUAUGAGCUCAGUCUCUUUCCUUCUUUUUAGUAUGAUGUACAACUUCCUACUUUAUAACAUCAUAUACGUCAACUGUGGAUUUUUGUGAAAUCGAAUAAACUGUGAAAUUUAAGAUGGCAAAGCGGACGCAACCAGCUUGGCAUCUGCCAAACAGAAAAGAUACCACAGUGCUCCAAUUAUACAACAGUUUAACUAGAAAAAAAGAAAUAUUUGUCCCACAAUUUGGAAACCGUGUACUAUGGUACAGUUGUGGACCUACUGUUUAUGAUGCAUCACAUAUGGGCCAUGCAAGAUCGUAUAUAUCAUUUGAUAUUCUACGUCGUGUACUGUCAGACUAUUUUGGAUACGAUGUUUUGUAUGUAAUGAAUAUUACUGAUAUAGAUGAUAAGAUUAUCAAAAGAGCAAGGCAGAAUUAUUUGUAUGAAAAGUAUGUAAAAGAAAAUCACAACCUUAAUAAUAUAUUAGCCGAUGCUAAACGAGUAAUGUCUAAUUUUGAAAAUACUAUGGAAACUAUAACUGACUCCGACAAGAAGUGCAUGUUAGAGAAGAUGCUCAGCAAACUAACAAAAGUUAUUGAAAAUUUAGAGAAAGCUGUAACAGAAAAAGAUGAAAGUCAAAUUGUGUUGCUUCAGGAAGUAUUGUUGAAAGAGGUUAAAGAUCUGUUAUCUGAUUGGUUGGAUAAAGAGAAAGGCAGUACUAUCACAGAGCAUUCGAUAUUCAAUAAGUUGUCUCAACAUUGGGAGUCAGAAUUUCAUAAAGAUAUGGAUGCUUUAAAUGUAUUAAAACCGAAUGUCCUGACAAGAGUUAGUGAAUAUAUUCCCGAGAUAGUAGCGUUUGUACAGCGAAUAAUUGAUAAUAGACUUGCUUAUGAAAGUAACGGAUCGGUAUACUUUGAUGUGAGCAAGUUCGACAAACAGGAGAAGCAUUCUUAUGCUAAGCUUGUACCUGAAGCAUACGGUGAUACGUCGAGCUUACAGGAAGGUGAAGGCGACUUGAGUGUUACGGAAGAUAAACUCUCCGAGAAAAGAUCCGUGACGGACUUCGCACUUUGGAAGAGCUCAAAGGCGGGUGAGCCCUGGUGGGACAGCCCUUGGGGCAAAGGACGUCCGGGUUGGCAUAUCGAGUGCUCAGUUAUGGCGUCUGUUAUUUGCGGAGAGAGUCUGGACAUUCAUACGGGUGGUGUGGAUCUCAAAUUUCCCCAUCACGAUAAUGAGCUUGCUCAAGCGGAAGCAUACUUUGACAAUUCACAUUGGGUGAGAUAUUUCUUACACUCGGGCCACUUAACAAUAGCCGGCUGUAAGAUGUCCAAGUCGCUGAAGAAUUUCGUGACGAUACAAGAUGUUUUGAAGAAACACUCGGCGAGACAGUUGAGACUUGCGUUCCUCCUGCACUCGUGGAAAGACACAUUAGAUUACAGCGAUAACACUAUGAGUAUGGCUGUACAAUAUGAAAAGUUCCUUAACGAAUUCUUCUUAAAUGUCAAAUGUAGAAUUAGGAGUUUAGGCAGGAAAACUUCUAUUGAUAGUUUUGCUAAAUGGACUGAUUCUGAAAUGGAACUCAAUAAGAAGUUUCAUAUUGCUAAGCAUUCCGUACAUAAAGCAUUGUGUGAUAAUAUUGAUACAAGAACUGUCCUUGAUGUAAUACGAGAAUUGGUGACGGAUUGCAAUGUGUAUAUGAGUCAAAAUAAAAAUCCGAAUACGCUUCUUCUCAGGGAUAUUGCUGUGUAUAUUACAAAAAUAUUUGCUAUAUUUGGAGCCAUAUCUUCAACAUACGAUCCUAUCGGAUUUCCAAUCGAUGAUGAGACAGUUGGUGCAAAUGUUGAAGAGACAGUUAUGCCGUACCUUGAAAUCCUCGCGAAUUUCCGGGAGAAAGUACGAAAUUGCGCGAAAACUUUGAAGGCAAAUGAUAUUCUGCAAGAGUGUGAUUCAUUGCGUGACGAUAUUUUACCGAAUGUUGGGGUGCGAUUGGAAGAUAGCAACGAGGAAACUUGCAAAGUGAAAUUAGUUAAUAAGGAGGAGUUAUUAAGGGAGAAAGAAAUGAAGAAGAAUUUGGAACACGAGAAAGCCUUGGAAAAAGAGAGAAGGAAGGCGGAGGCUGCUGCUGCAGCGGCGACAAAGGAGGCGCAAAAGAAAAUAUCACCGAGUGAUAUGUUCAGAUUAGAGAAGGACAAAUAUUCUCAAUUUGAUGAUAAAGGAUUGCCAACGCACGAUGCCGAAGGUAAAGAGAUAAGUAAAGGUUUACUCAAGAAGCUGCAAAAGCUGCAACAGGCACAGGAAAAAAAAUACAAUGAAUACCUAACUUCCGUACAAAAUGGUCUAUAAUAAUUUAUAUACAAGAAAAUCUUAGUUUAUUUAUAAACCUAUAAUAUAUGGAGAAUUACGGUUUUAUCUCGACAAUAUCGCUACUUCUUCAUCGCGAAAAUAAUCAUUAUUAUUCUGUAUUGAGUAGUAUUUAAAUUUUAAUACUAGUAAUUUUAUUUAUCAUUAUUUGGAUAUUUGAUAUUGCUUGAAUCAAUUAAAUAUAAAAUUAUGUUUCCAGAGCUUUGUUCUAAAAGCUUUAACUAAUGAUAUUGAUUUAAAAAUAUCUGCAACAUCAUCUCAGUAUCUUUACACAAUUGAGUAUUCCCAAUAUAAAAUAUCUCUAAUAAUUACUAUCGUGUAAUUUAUUUAUUCUAGCCACGUACAUUAUACUUUAUUUUUCUAAUAUUUACUAAGCCAUUUACGCGAUAACUAUAGCAAUACUACAAGAUAUUGUAAUUUAUAUUUUUUCUGAAACGAGCUUUAUUUUGUAGCGCUUGAAGCGUGUAUUUUUAAUGUGGCUUUGAUAAUAAAUACAAGGAUAAAACUUUUCGCAUUAAAUAAUUA